AAACACCAGCGCGCUGUUCGUGGUAGAGUGGCAAGGAGACGGUACCAUCGGCAUCAAGGCCAACAACGGAAGCUACGUCCAGAGCCGACAGACCGGUCAGCUGGUGGGGCUCAGUGACUCGCUCACCAACAAGGAGAAGUUUUACGUGAAGAUCAUCAACCGGCCGCUGCUGCUCUUGAAGAACGAGCACGGCUUCGUGGGCCUCAAGUCUCCCAAGAACGAGGUCCAGUGCAGCAAGACCAACUACGAGGUGAUCUUUGUGGAGCCCAGCAAUGACGGACACUACUUCCUCAAAGGAACCAACGGCAAAUACUGGAGAGUCCAGGAGGACGCAUCUAUCUCGGCGGACGGUGACAACCCCGAGCCCUUCCUCCUGGAGCCUAAAGACGCCUCCAUCCUCACCAUCAAGGCGUCCAACGGCUGCUUCAUCAAGGGAGAACAUAACGGACUCUUCCGCGCCGUCGGGCAGGAGGUGGAUGCCACCAUGCUGUGGGAGUACUAGCCAGGUGGCUUGACCAGUGUCCAGCCCGCUUCGCCGGAAAUAUCGCCCAGGAAAUCGCUCCCGGAAAUAUGAUAUGAUAUCGCCUGAGAGACAAUUAAUGACAUUUACGUUCCGUGCGUGGAACUGAGUGAGUUGAGACAAUUGAUUGACAAAAAGAAAGAGAGAGAAAUAUAUCACAAGUGGAUUCUG